AAAAACUUAACACAUUCUCAUUGCCUCAUCAAAAGAGCUUCUUGUUUUAAUUCCUAUAUGUGGUAAUAAAGCAUGGAAGGUAGUGAUGUGUUUAGAGUUAGCAGUGCAAGGAUAAGUAGUUCUAACAUAUGGAGAAAUAGUGGAAGAGAUAUCUUUUCUCGAUCUUCAUUAGAUGAAGAUGAUGAAGAAGCACUGAAAUGGGCUGCUAUUGAAAAACUACCAACAAAUCUUCGAUUAGAAAGAGGGAUAUUAACCGAAGAAAAAGGGCACCCAAGAGAGAUUGAUAUCAAGAAUCUUGGAUUAGUUGAAAAAAGGAAUCUUUUGGAAAGACUUGUAAAAAUUGCAGAAGAAGAUAAUGAGAAGUUCUUGUUAAAGCUUAAGAAUCGCAUUGACCGAGUUGGGCUUCAACUUCCAACUAUUGAAGUCCGGUUUGAGCAUUUGAACAUUGAUGCAGAAGCUUAUAUCGGAGGGAGGGCACUGCCAACCAUAUUUAACUUUCUGGUUAAUAUUUUCGAGGGAUCUUUAAAUUAUCUUCAUCUUUUUCCUAGUAGAAAGAUCCCUUUACCAAUUCUUCAUGAUGUUAGUGGUAUUAUUAAGCCUGGAAGGAUGGCGUUGCUAUUAGGUCCACCAAGCUCAGGAAAAACGACAUUGCUUUUGGCUUUGGCUGGAAAACUCGGGACAGAUUUACAAGUGUCAGGUAGAGUAACUUAUAAUGGGCAUGGAAUGGACGAAUUUGUCCCUCAACGUUCAUCUGCUUACAUAAGUCAACAUGAUCUUCAUAUUGGAGAAAUGACAGUAAGAGAAACAUUAGCUUUCUCUGCAAGAUGCCAAGGUGUUGGAGCAAGUUAUGAAAUGUUGGCAGAAUUAUCGAGGAGAGAAAAAGAAGCAAACAUUAAGCCAGAUCCUGAUCUUGACAUCUACAUGAAGGCAGCAUCACUAGAAGGACAAGAGGCUAGUGUUGUCACCGAGUAUGUUAUCAAGAUUUUAGGCCUUGAAGUUUGUGCUGAUACUGUAGUAGGUGACGAAAUGUUUAGAGGUAUUUCUGGAGGCCAAAAAAAGCGAGUCACAACAGGGGAAAUGAUGGUGGGACCAGCAAGGGCAUUGUUCAUGGAUGAAAUAUCAACUGGAUUAGACAGUUCAACGACUUUUCAAAUUGUAAAUUCCAUUAGGCAAUCAAUCCACAUUCUUCAGGGCACUUCUGUAAUUUCACUCCUCCAACCCGCUCCAGAAACUUACGAACUAUUUGAUGACAUCAUCCUUCUCUCGGAUGGACAAAUUGUUUACCAAGGUCCACGCGAGAAUGUUCUUGAGUUCUUUGAGCAAAUGGGUUUCAAAUGUCCCGAAAGAAAAGGAGUUGCAGACUUCUUGCAAGAAGUGACAUCAAGGAAAGAUCAAGAGCAAUAUUGGACACGAAGAGACCAUAGCUACAAUUUUGUGACAUCAAGAGAGUUUGCAGAAGCAUUCCAGUUAUUUCAUGUUGGAAGAAGUCUAGGAGAUGAACUUUCUACUCCAUUUGAUAGAAGUAAAAGCCACCCUGCUGCUUUAACAAAAAAAAAGUUUGGUGUAAGCAAAAAGGAAUUAUUAAAAGCUUGCACUUCUAGAGAGUAUUUGCUCAUGAAAAGAAACUCCUUUGUGUAUAUAUUCAAGAUGACACAGCUUAUUUUCAUGGCUACCAUUACAUUGACACUGUUCUUAAGAACUGAAAUGCCAAAAAAUACGUUGGUUGAUGGGACAAUUUUCAUGGGUGCUUUGUUUUUCAUAUUAGUCAUGAUUACAUUUAAUGGAUUCUCAGAGUUAGCAUUGAGCAUUAUGAAACUUCCUGUGUUUUACAAGCAAAGAGACCUUCUCUUUUUUCCUGCUUGGGCAUACUCUAUACCUACAUGGGUUCUGAAGAUCCCAGUGACAAUUGUUGAAGUUGCCACAUGGGUGAUUAUGACUUAUUAUGUCAUAGGAUUUGAUUCAGAUCCCGGAAGGUUCUUCAAACAAAUGUUUUUGCUCAUUUGCAUUCAGCAAAUGUCGUCUGCUUUAUUUCGUUUCAUGGGAGCAUUGGGAAGAAAUAUCAUUGUUGCAAACACAUUUGGAUCAUUUGGGUUGCUUACUAUAUUUGUUCUUGGUGGAUUCAUCUUGGCAAGAGAUGAUAUUAAGGGUUGGUGGAUAUGGUGUUAUUGGUUUUCACCUAUGAUGUAUGGACAGAAUGGUGUAGCUGUGAAUGAAUUCCUUGGAAAGAGUUGGUCAAAAGUUUUACCAAACACCACAGAAACAAUAGGUGUCACUAUCCUCAAAUCACGUGGAAUUUUCCCAGAGGCAAGAUGGUAUUGGAUAGCCGUAGGUGUUUCAAUUGCAUACGUUUUCAUCUUCAAUAUCUGCUUCACCUUGGCUCUUGAAUACCUUAAUCCCUUUGGGAGCUCUCAAACAGUUCUAUCUGAAGAAAGCAUGGCUGCAAGAAAAGAUAUGAAAACAAUCCAACCAAUUGAAUCAUCAUCUAGAGCUCCAUCAUCAAUGCCAAUGUCAUCAAGAGUGGGAAGUAUUAAUGACAUAGAUCAAAACAAGAAACGUGGAAUGGUUCUACCUUUUGUCCCCCUUUCCAUUACAUUUGAUGAUAUCAAAUAUGCAGUGGAUAUGCCUCAGGAAAUGAAAGCUGAAGGUGUAGCACAAGAUAGGCUAGAGUUAUUAAAGGGUGUAAGUGGUGCUUUUAGGCCAGGAGUUCUAACAGCUUUAAUGGGGAUUAGUGGUGCUGGAAAGACCACAUUAAUGGAUGUUUUAGCUGGAAGAAAAACCGGUGGAUAUAUUGAGGGGAGUAUUACAAUCUCUGGAUAUCCAAAAAAGCAAGAAACAUUUGCUCGGAUAGCAGGAUAUUGUGAGCAAACUGAUAUUCACUCCCCUCAUGUCACUAUCUAUGAGUCCUUACAAUAUUCCGCAUGGCUUCGUUUACCUCCUGAAGUUGAUUUGGCAACCAGACAGAUGUUUAUUGAGGAGGUGAUGGAGCUAGUGGAGUUGGUUCCAUUAAGGGAAGCCCUUGUGGGAUUACCUGGAGUGAAUGGGCUUUCAACCGAGCAAAGAAAGCGGUUGACAAUUGCAGUAGAGUUAGUGGCUAACCCGUCUAUAAUUUUCAUGGAUGAGCCAACAUCAGGACUUGAUGCAAGAGCAGCAGCCAUCGUUAUGAGAACAGUGAGAAACACGGUUGACACGGGUAGAACAGUGGUGUGUACUAUUCAUCAACCAAGCAUUGACAUCUUUGAUGCUUUUGAUGAGUUAUUUCUUUUGAAAAGAGGAGGUGAAGAAAUAUACGUUGGUCCAUUGGGACGACAUUCUUCUCACUUAAUCAAGUACUUUGAGGAAAUCGAUGGAGUGCACAAAAUCAAAGAUGGUUACAAUCCGGCAACAUGGAUGUUAGAGGUGACAUCAGCAUCACAAGAAGCAAUUCUAGGGGUUGACUUUGCAGAAGUGUACAAAAACUCAGAACUAUACAAAUCAAAUAAAGAAAUGAUAAAGGAAAGUAGCAAACCAAUACCCGGUUCUUCUGAUAUACAAUUUCACACUCAAUAUUCACAAUCUUUUUGGACACAAUGUAUGGCAUGCUUAUGGAAACAACAUUGGUCUUAUUGGAGAAACCCUCCAUACACUGCUGUGAGGUUCUUGUUUACAACUUUUAUAGCAUUGAUGUUUGGAACAAUCUUCUGGGAUAUGGGGUCCAAAAGGGAAAAGAAACAAGAUCUCUUCAAUGCUAUGGGUUCUAUGUAUGCUGCUAUACUUUUUAUUGGUGUACAAAAUGCCACGUCAGUUCAACCAGUUGUUUCUAUUGAAAGAACAGUCUUUUAUAGGGAAAGAGCAGCUGGGAUGUAUUCAGCUUUACCAUAUGCUUUUGGACAGGUUGUGAUUGAGAUCCCAUACAUUUUUGUUCAAACUAUUGUAUAUGGGAUCAUUGUAUAUGCAAUGAUUGGAUUCGAGUGGACAAUAGUCAAGUUCUUUUGGUAUCUUUUCUUCAUGUACUUCACCUUCUUGUACUUCACAUUCUAUGGAAUGAUGACAGUUGCAGUAACACCAAAUCACAACUUUGCUGCUAUCAUCUCAUCAGCAUUUUAUGCAAUUUGGAAUCUUUUUUCAGGGUUCAUUGUUCCAAAAACAAGGAUACCCAUAUGGUGGAGAUGGUAUUAUUAUAUAUGUCCGAUUGCAUGGACAUUAUACGGAUUAGUUGCUUCACAAUUUGGGGAUAUAACAGAUAGACUUGAUUCAGGUGAAACAGUUGGAGAGUUUAUCCAUGAUUUCUAUGGUUUUGAAUAUGAUUUUAUAAAAUAUGUCGCGGUGAUUAUUGUGGGAUUCACUGUUCUUUUUGGGUUCAUUUUCGCGUAUUCUAUCAAGGCGUUUAAUUUUCAAAGACGCUAGUGAAAAGAAUCAAAAGAUCAUGAGGUUCAUCGAAGAUGAACUCAUGGGUAUCAGCAGUAUGUAAAUCAACAAACUUGUAUCAUGUUUUAGCUAUGUCCUACUGAAUAGAGAGUGUUAUGAGUCGUUUGAUAAAUAUAUGUGGAAAUAGUAGAAUGUAUGUAUGUAUUCGAAAUGAAAGGAAGAAAUUUUGAGUUGUA